AUGUUGCCUCCGGUCCCCUCGCUGGCAGCAUACGGCAUCUCCCCCGAGCAUGGCUUCUUGCCUCCCGAGCAGCCCCUCGAGACCUUGCCCGACCUCUACUAUGCCAAAUGGGAGGCGAUCGCGGCGAAUUUGCACCCUCUGCUGCUCAGCAGGCGGAUUCGUCUGGUGGUUGAUCGACUGCCCCUGCUUUCUACCCAACACCUACAGACGGACGCCGAGUGGCGUCGUGCAUAUGUGAUCUUGGUGUUCCUGCUGCACAGCUAUGUUUGGGGUGGAGAUCGCCCAGCCGAGAGAAUCCCACCCCAGUUGACAGUGCCCUUGUUCCAAGUAUGUGAACGCCUGGAGGUGCCCCCCGUGGCCACCUACGCCGGGGUCUGUCUCUGGAACUACAAACCAAUCUUCCCGGAUGAGCCGGCCGACAACCUCGGGAACCUGGCAUGCCUGCAGACCUUCACGGGCUCCUUGGAUGAGCAAUGGUUCUACCUCGUCUCUGUGGCCAUCGAGGCUCAAGGCGCCCCCGCGCUGCCGCUGAUGUUGCAGGCGAUCGCUGCCGCUCGAGUAGGGGACGCGCGCCAGGUGACCGAUUGCCUUCAACGAUUCGCCGAGAUCCUCGAUGGAAUCACGUCGCUCCUGCAGCGACUGUACGAGCAAUGUGAUCCGCAUGUCUUCUACCAUCGCAUUCGGCCGUACUUAGCCGGGAGCAAGAACAUGAGUGAAGCAGGCUUGCCACACGGUCUGCUCUACGACGAUGGCACUCACCCCCCGGAACAUCGGCAAUAUGGUGGCGGCAGUAACGCUCAAAGCUCGCUCAUUCAAUUCUUCGACAUUGCCCUUGGCGUCGAGCACCGCCCGACCGGGGUCACUCGUGACGACCAAAAGAAAGCCGCCGCCGCCGCCUCCUCGCCCGAGACCUCCAAGCCGCGCCAUGGGUUCAUUCACGAGAUGCGCGAAUACAUGCCCGGGCCUCAUCGCCGGUUCUUGCAAGACGUGGAAGCAGUCGCGAAUAUUCGUGCCUUCGUCGACGCUCGACGCACAGACGCUGGCCUGCGGAUCGCCUACGAAGCCUGCCUGUCGAUGCUACGAAACAUGCGCGACAAGCAUAUCCAGAUUGUGUCUCGGUAUAUUAUUGUCCAGUCACGAGGCGCCCAUCAAGCACCCCAGCCCGGUCUGCGUCCGACAGCCAUGAACCUGGCUACGGUGGUACCCAAAGAUAGCAAGAAACUCCGGGGCACGGGCGGCACCGCGCUUAUCCCCUUCCUUAAGCAGGCCCGAGAUGAAACGGGAGAGCCUGCCAUUGAUGCCUGGGCACGCCGGCUACUCAGCAAUACUCCGGGGGCUUUGGACUCGGCCUCAUUGAGCAAGGUCGGCGAGCAGCCCGAUGGACAUCUCAAAGUGGUUGGCCUGUGCGGAACUUGGACCGCCGAUGAUAGCGAAGGCGGCAUAUGUCACUGGUGA